AUGGAGCCGUUUGAAGAAGUGAAACCAGAACAUUUAUUCGCGAAGCCACUGUCAAGAGAUGUUUACUACACAAAGUAUCCAGAUGUACCUAGGAGCGAGUCAGAAGAUGAGAAUCCGUUGACCGUCUCUGGAUUUAUAGCAAAACACGAAGAAUGGAAAUCGAAAAUACGCAUCAGAAAAUUGGAAUCUCGUAAACGGUAUUUAAGUCAAUCGAACUACAGCAAGUCGUCGAAAAGUAAUACACCGUUUAUUGGUGACAAUAGCACUACAAGAGUGACUUCAGUUACGCAAAAAACUACUGAAGAAAUAGCUACAGCUGCCAAUAAUAACGAUGAAAAAGUGCGAGCAUUCUUUGACCGCUUACUCGAAAAUAUACCUCCACCACCCGUCGAAGAUUUAGAUACAGACAAAAGAUGUUCAAUUAUAAUACCUCCUGAACAAGACAAAGAUUUUAAUAACGUUGAUCUUCCUGACUAUGCAAACUUCGAAAAAGAUAAAAAUCUUAAUUUGAAACAUGAAAAAAGCUUAGUGCCUAGUACAUCUACAUUAAAGAGAAAACAACGUAAAGUUACUUUCAAUACAGACGCUUCUAAGUGUGAUUCUUGGUAUGAAACAAUUUAUGGCGUGUCAGAAUUAAUUGGUUCGAGAGAAUCCCUUGAAAAGGCUUUUACUACCAACAAUGUUGUUUUGCCGCAGUUGCUGUCUAAAGAAGCCGAUAAUGAGUUACCUAAAUUUAACGACUCAAAGGGCUCCUUAUCAUGGUCUGAUUUAGUUAAAUCUUGCGGAAUAAGCGAUUCAAUACUAAAUAAUGAAGAAUCUUUCAACAAUUAUGAUAAUAUUGUGAGUCGAUCUCAUUGCACGGAUGGUAAAAUACUUGACGUGUCCUUUGAUGACGAUGAAAUUUCAUAUACUAAGUUUGCCGUGCACAAAAUCUGUCAGACCUUAAGAAUCGAGAAAGGUAUUAUAGAUUCGUCUUCGAUGAAUGACUUAAACAACAUGGAGCACUUGAAAAAUUAUGUCUCUAAAAUAGACCCAACCUUUUAUAGCUCUCUUUAUCGUCUAGCACCCACAGAUGUAGAUGAGUUUGCAAAUCCCCCUGAGAACGAGCUGCAGAAAAAUUCGGACCGUGUGCUCUCGGAGCACGAACUACGAGUUCAGAGGUCACUACAAAAGUUAAAUGUGCCCGAAUGGUACAAAAACGCGCCAGCACCCCGAGAGGGCUUCCUGCUGCGCAAGCGCCUCUCCGACGCGUCGUCAGCGGCGACGCGCUGGGGCGGACUCAACUCGAAGACCACAUCGCUCGGCAGCCUCGGCGCCAACAACGUUCAACCACCACCACCCCAGCUCUCCCCGCACACCACCAGCUUCGGAAGAUGGUCGACUAGCCGUCUUAAUUCUAAUCAAACGUCCCCGUGUUCGUCAACCCGGAGCAGUAUCCGCGGCGGCAGUCCGCUGUGCUCGCCGUCAACUCGCUCGUCCUUCAGCGCUCGCCAACCCUACCUUGGCUGGCGAAGUCAGGAGCGACUAAAUACAACGCCGAGAACGCCACACGAAAGGCUAGCUUCAUCCCUACUCCAGCAGUCCACAGCAUCAGCCAAAGCAGCAGAAGAAAUCCAGUCGUCUAUUAAGGAAGUGACCUCCGCCAUUGUACACUACGUAUCUGGUUUAGAACCAGCCAAUGGUGACAUAGAUCGUCAACCAUCGCCCAAAUCGAGCCAAAAGCUGUAUUGGCUAGAGAGUUCAUUUGUAGGCACGAAACCUCUAGAUUCGCCGCAGACGCCGCUAGUGGUCACGGAAUCGCUCCCGCCACCGCAUCCGCGGCCUCCAUCUUCCCUCCGCCUCGAGCACCGAGCCGCGCCCGACUGGCAAGAAUCCCAACGCCCAUUGAACUUUGAAUCGACAAGGCCGUCACCCGGUUCCACAACUUUAGAAGACGUACUGGAUUCCUUAUUGGGCUUACCUUCGCAACCUACGAGAUUAUCAACACCGCAGCCUAGUCCCAGGAAGAGUCCUUAUUAUUUUAUGGGAGGGAAGAGCCCCCGCUACGAGCUACUGGCUAGUAGUGGACAUAGCAGCGCAUCUCCAGCGUCCCGAUACUUCUGCACACCUAGUGAAGAGCCAAGCUCCUUCACCGAUCCUAGCCCCGAUCACGAUCGACAAGGUAGGAUUGAUAUUGAUAAUGGAAUUUUACUUACAGGCAAGGAAACAGUUGAUAAUUCAUCCACAAUGCAAGAAUCAAGACGUCCGCGGUCAGCGCAAGGCGAUCACUCGCGACGCAAGAGUGAACCCUUCGCUCACCGCAGCGCUUCUGUAGAUCGUCGAACUAGUCUCGACCCCACAGCUUUACGUUCCACAGAACCCCGUUUGACCCAUCAUGAAUCCCGUGCCUCCCUCCUCUCCUUGCAAACAGAAAACAGCACUGACGACGCAUUUGUCAAAUGCAAAUACCCUAAAUGCUCGUCCCGUGCUCCGGUAUCAGAUGCCAAACGACAUUAUAAAUCAUGUCAUAAUUGUACAACCAUGUAUUGUUCGAAAGAAUGUCGAAGAGCACAUUGGGAAAAACACCGAAAGGUCUGCUUGCACUCACGAGCGAGCGCACUUUGUAGGCAAAUCAUAUCGGCAGCUAAAGAAGACGCAGAUUCCUUACACCAAAUCAGCACCAUUGGCCAUAAGGGAUAUUUGGCUCAAGGCCGGGGUGUAGUAAAAGUGUUUUUCACUAGUCCAGAAGCUGCAGAGAAAUUUACGACGCACGGCUAUCAAUACCUCAGUGAACCGGAAUAUGUGAAAUUGAUCUCACUGCAACCAAAUGAAAUGGGUGUUGAAUUGUAUACGGAAGUAGUGAAGCUUUGUAAAUCUUAUAACCCUGAAACAAGAGUAAUCCUUUAUGUUGCUGUGUGUAUAAUAAGUGAAGUUCCAACAAAAGGAGCGGUGAAAUGGGAACGACAGAUGGUAUCGAGGUGUGCGAAAUUACGUCUCUGUAAAACUGUAACCGCGACCAUACAAGAACAGAAUCGAAAACGUAAUCGAAGAGACAGCAGAGGAACACCAGACGAUCGUGAAACGCUCAUACUGACGUCAAAAAUGAGCAAUGUUGGCGAAAAGAAUGCUGCUACAGCACAUAAAUUUAGAGAAAUAUGUUUUAAAAACAUAGUGCAUGAAUUAGAAAAUCGAGGAGUUGUGUUAAAGAAGCAUUUUCCGGAAGUUUAUUCUCGUCUAGGGGCGUAUGUCGAUGGAACGAGCGAUAGAUUCAUUCCAAUGACGAUCUAUCCAAGGGACGUGACUACUGGGAAAUCUUUCGUGUGUGUGAUUAUACCAGACAGUGAAGUGGACAGUGGUACACCUGUCGAUGGUAAGGUUGUGACAGUGGAUGUUGGCUUGGACCGGUCUCGGCAUCAGUUAUCAACUCCCAUGUAA